UCAUACGUCCCAUGUGUCGCUGUUCACACGUUCAUUCAUUCUUAAAAAUACCAAUUUAACGACAUUACAAUUUUUAGUUUCUCGCGGAAUGCGGACACCUUUGUGAUUUUCUGAUAAAUUAUCUUUACAAACUAAAACCAAAGACGAAACCAGCGCUGUCUCAACAACCAAAGAGUAACGCUAGCUAGCCAGCUAGCUAACGUAGAACUAGCUCUAAAGUUGUUUGGAAAAUCACAUUGAGGUGCGUUAUCUGAAUGAACAGCGCAGUGGAUACGAGCAUGAUCAAGGAGAACCAGUGGAACAUACCCCCCAAUGCUCCAGCAUGCAUGGAGAAGCAUCUGUGCUCGGCGCAAUACAGAGCAGAUGGCACUCUGCUUCUUGGUGCCUCCAGCCUCAGUGGCAGGAGCUGGCAGGGGUCUGUUUGGAUCUACAGCGACCCAUUGAAGGCCCCCAAUGAGGAACUGUGCAAAGCUGGUGUGCAGACUGAGGCUGGAGUCACAGAUGCUAAAUGGGUGUCAGAGAAGGGUGUUGUUGUUGCAUCAGACUCUGGUGCCUUGGAGCUCUGGGAGCUGGCAGAGGAUGAGCGCCUGCUUGUGAAUCGCUUCACCAAACAUGAUCACGACCACAUUGUCACCUCAGUGAGCCCGGUGACUGGAGCAAACAGUGCUGUCACCGGCAGCAUGGACUGUCGAAUUAAAGUCUGGGAUCUCAGCCAGGAAAAAGUUGUCACUACCUACAAUGUGCACACGCAACCCGUUAGUUGUGUUGCCUGCAGUCCGAUAGACGAGUCUCUCUUCAUCUCCUGUGGUCAGGAUGGUCGUGUGCUGAUGUGGGACAGGAGGAAGCCAAACAAACCUGCCUCUAGAAUAGAUGUCGAGUCCCCCAGCUGCUCCCCUACCACAGUAGCUUGGCACCCCCACCACAGAAGCACCAUCGCUUUUGGUGAUGAGCUGGGCAGAGUGACUGUGAAGGACUUCCUGGGGACAGAACCAGCCCAGGUGGAGAGCGUCCACAGCCGCAGAGUUAACGGGCUCGCCUUCUCUACACAUAGUGCCUCCAUGCUAGCCUCCAUAAGCGAUGAUUGCUCCCUCGCUGUUUUGAACUCUGAACUACGAGAAAUACUAAGAGAUCGGCAACACCAGGACUUUGUCAAAGGUGUGUGCUGGCUCCACGGUGGCUCCGACACUCUCACAACCAUAGGCUGGGAUCACCUUGUGCUUCACCACACGGUGGGUCCGGCUGCUGGAGCUCCCAUCGCCUCCUCUUAGACCCAACUGAUGCUCGCACACCUUGGAAGACCAAUGCUUAGAAAUAACUACCUUCCCCCCCCAGUUUUUGAGGUGUGUCCAUGUGUAUCUAAAAGUCAAAUCUGUCAGUCAGGAAAUAUGGAUUCACGUGUUUCGUUGUCAUGUAGUACCCCAGAUAUAUGCAAACUAUUUGGACUUUAGCUCCCACAAUCCUGGCCUAGCUGCGUUACUCAUGCUAAAACAGUCUCUCUCUAUCCACUUCUUUCAUUCUGUAUUGCAUUUCCAUGUGCAACCACACCUAACAAACCAUUUGUGCUGCAUAAUUUUACAUUAAAGGUAACUUAAUAUUGUGAUAGCAAAAACAUUUUGAUGUUUCUUUGUGCUUCCAGCAAUUUAUUAUAUGCAUACAACUGCAAUACUACAGGAAGAAACUGCAGUUUGUUUUUAUGGGGUUAAAGCUACGGCUGUAUACUGACAAAACAGUGUGACUGAGGCAGGACCCCAUUUACCCUCGGCUGGGUCAAAAGAGGGUAGUGUGUUAUGUGUUUGUGUGUGACAAAUGUGGGCGGCUGGCUCAGAAGUUAACAAGAUUACAUGUGUGAUUUGCACACCAUGAACGGUAAGGUGUCAUUACUGAUCUGUGGUCUGACGUAGACUGGACUUAGAGCUGUAAUCAUUUUCACAUGGCACCAGAGCAGUGUGUUGUGGCCAUCAUAACACCAUAAUGCCAUUAUCAAUAGAGAGUCAGACAAAGCUUUGAAGCAUUUGAACAGCAAGUCUGGCCUGCAAUAAUUGAAUGCUGUGUUUUCAUCAUUUUGAGUUUGUCAAGUUACUUUUUGAAAAAGCUUUUGUUAAAUUUUAAUUACCAAAAAUAUCAAAGGGGAAGCUCUUACUUUUAACCGCUGCAUUUGGUGCUGUCAUUAAAAAAAAGUCACUUCCUUCACGGCUAUAAAUUUCAU